AUGUCUGGAAAAGCAGCAGUUGCACCGAAGAAGGGUUCCAAGAAGGCCGCCUCCAAAGCCGGCGCGGGCACCAAGGGCAAGAAGAGGAGAAGGCCCAGGAAGGAGAGCUAUGCCAUCUAUGUCUACAAGGUCCUGAAACAGGUCCACCCCGACACCGGAAUCUCUUCCAAGGCCAUGGGCAUAAUGAAUUCCUUCGUGAGUGACAUCUUUGAGCGCAUUGCCGGCGAGGCUUCUCGUCUGGCCAUGUACAACAAACGCUCAACCAUCAGCUCCAGGGAGAUCCAGACCGCUGUCCGCCUGCUGCUGCCCGGAGAGCUGGCCAAGCACGCCGUGUCUGAGGGAACCAAAGCCGUGACCAAAUAUACCAGCUCCAAGUAA